GCCAAGAGUCAAAUGUGAAGUGUUUUAAAGCGGGCGUGGGUUUGACAGGUGGGCUGCAGGGCCGAGACAGCUGCCCCAGCGCUGCGGCAAGGUCAGACUGGUUGGUUUGUGAGUUGUGGUUACGAUCAGGGUUAAAGAAAGGGUAAAAAUGAUGGUUGAAGGGCGCCCCAGAGGGCUCUCCCCAGCUGUGUAGGUGGCGUUGUCAACGGCACGGUUGAGUAGCCUUUCCUAAACACAGAGAUGGAAAAUGAGUAACCUCGAGAUAAAUAGAUUUGUCUCAGUGAAAUAAAAAAUCACGGUCAGUGUAAUGAAUGUUUCAGCUGUGUCUCGAGUUUCCCUUCAUCACAGGCGCUCUGUGCAGUUUUUUUUUUAAUCGAUUUCAAACUUUUACCCUUUUUAGAAAGCCGAGAGGAGCAGUGCCCUCUGCAGCAUGUGGGGGCGUUCUUGUAUAACAAGCAGAUGUUUUUAACAAGCAUUAUUCUCCACAAGAAAAUCUCUUGUUUGUUUUUGGGUGGGGUGGGGGUGUUUGCUAUUUUAAAACAAAGUGUAAUCAUAACCUGAGGUGAGCUGGAUGCUGGAAGAGUGAUGAGCAACAGCAGAACUUUACUGAUGAUCAUUCAUGAGAAGGUGAGAAACGUGUCAGCUCGGGUAGUAACUGUUGGAAAAGUAAUCUCCAGUAUCAGGACUGAGACGACACAAUACCAGAUAUCGAUGCUUUAUAGUUUCAUGUGCAUCUCAUGACACUCUUUGUCUUUAAUGUGCCCGCGUCUAUUUAAAGGAACCGCUCGGUAUUUUGCAAAAAGCUAUUUUUCUGUUUUUCGCAUGAAGAAAAAUGUUAGUUUUUUAAAAACAUAUGCUUCAUUCCCACAAAUGCUGUGAUGGUUCUGGUGCAGAAUCCUGAACUAGUUUUCAGGCCCUGUAGCUCAGGAGAUGGAGUGGGUGGUCCACUAAAUGGGAGGAAACACCGACCUUCACAUCCUGUAGUCUGAACACAGACGUAACCACGGGCAAGAUUCUACACUCUGCUUCGAUUCAUCCAUCAAAGCUUGACUGUGUGAGUUUUAGGUUGAAAGCACUUAGGCGGGGAAAAAAUGGCUUGUGUGAAUGUGACGGAUUGAGGCGUGCAGGAAGAAAGUGUUUCGAGUGCUCAAAUAGAGUUUGAAAAGCACUAUAAGAACAAGUCCAUUUAUCAUUUCCAUCACAAAAAGGCUGGGUCCAGAGCAGGAACCAGUGAUAUCAGCGGUUAUGGGAAGCGGCUACUGCAAAAAUUUAAAUGAUGCAGAACCUGCAGAUUUUGUUGGCCAUGAAUGCAACUUCUGCUACGUAACAUCAGGUUCUCAAACCUGUUGCAAUGCAGGCUGGCCAAGGCAGAAGUGGCUCUGCAACAUUAUCUGCACCGACAGCGGGAAAAAACAGUGUACUUUUGACAGUCUUUACGCUAAGAUAAGCUCAUCAGACGAUGGUGUUUCUUCAAAUCUAGAUCCUGGCAAGAAAACAAAACACAUACUUCCCAAAAACUGUCCCUUUAAUUCCAGUGAAACUGUUUCCCUUCCUCGUUUUGAUAAGCACAUCCCUGCAUCAGUGGCAAAAUGGUCGAUUACUCUCAUUCACAGAGGCAAAUGCCUCACAUCAGAGCUUUACAAGUGCUCUCCCAUGUUUUGUGUUUACACUGGCUUUUCUUAGCAGUUAAAUUACACACUAACUGAUUGGAUUACACACACUAACACCAGCCCUUUGAUACAUUAAUACAUUUAUCUUUAGGGUCCGCGCAGGCUUAAAAAGGCUCUGCUGCAGCUUGUCAGGUGGCGAGUGGACGGGGCGGAGGAGGAUAUUCCGAGUUAUUUCGUCAUUUGGUGUGCGACGUAUGUAAAUGCCUCCACUGACCCACUUCUGACUGAUACUCACCGAUGGUAAUGUGACGUUCCCUUUGAACAGCGCUGCCAGGAGGUACACAUGACUCUGUGCAACAAAGCAGCCAAUCACAGCACACGGAUUCAUGUGCCACUUGGCCAGCAGGCAUGAGUGUGUUUAUUCAUAGACUCAGAGGAAGGUUGCACAAUACGGAUCACUAAUAUUUUCUGUUGUAAUUAGCUCUUUGGAUUAGCGAUGGGCUUAUUCUGUUGUUUUGUGUGUGUGUGUGUGUGUGUGUUUCAUUUUUAUUGGUGCCAAAUGCAAAUUUAUUACAAUUGUCCUAUUUCCCUUCUCAGUCAAAUCACAGUUAGUGAACCAUUUGCAUAUCUUUCACAUCUUUCCUAUGCACACAUCAGCGUUGUGUUGAAUGCGCUCAGCGUAAAGUGUGUGACAUGGUUCUGCAGGCUUGUAACGGCCCUCGACACCACAAGGGGUCAAACGGCGAAUUCAGGGGGAAAGUAGGAGUUACAUUUCUCAAAGCAUGAGAAAGACCUUUUUCCUCCUGUAACGUUAAACCUUAAUCCUAACCACAACGCAGGAAAUAAGAUUCGAAGAAGAAAUCUGACAAAACACUGGCAAAAUUCUUCUUUCUUGGCUCCAGAUAUGAAGCCUGCUUUCAUUCUGUUUCUGUCUAAAAAUAAGUGUCCAUUCAUUUAGAAAUAGCUGAGAAUUACAAGCAUGAAACUCAUCAGUGUCAUCGCUUUGUAGAGUCUAAUGAAAAGCAUGGUGUGGUGUCUUAAACGCACAGAUAAAAGCCAGAUGAAGGAAGUAACAGACAUCACAGCCCUCACUACAACAGCUAUAACAAUACCCCAAUGUGGCACUGAAUUCAGAAUUGCCGUUAUGAAAAAGGGAGUGUAUGUGAAGUUUUGUUAGCUCUGCGCUUCACAGACGUUUCUGCCUCUGUGCUGAGCUGAAUUAUGACUAAAGGAGUGCUACUUUUAGCCUGGCAGCAGAAAUGUCAGAGUGCCUGAACAUAGCAGAUACACAGCGACACACACGCACACACUCUCUCUCCUCCUUUUCCUGCCUCUCCUCCCCACUCACACACACUCUGUGACUCCAGUUCACGUCGUAUGAAUUAACAAAAAGCCUCGGUUAGCUUUGCUCACAGGAACAAUCUGUUUCAAAGUACUCUGCCAAAAAGCAGCUGCUUUGUAGGGACGUGAUAAGUGUGCUCACAGUGUGCAGAUCAGCACAUGUUGACCAGAUUAUACCCACUGUAUUCAUGAAUGUUUGUCUUCUGUAAAUCACUUUAUGAUAGCUGUCUGUGAAAGAUGCUACAUAAAGUAUGCAAAACUAAAUUCUGUGUUUCUGAGUCGGAACACGUGAGAAAGUGUCAUGUGCAGGUCUCUUGGCAGAUGUUUACAGUGAGAUUAAACCUUUGGACUAACUUCACAGAUAUUAUCAUUGCCACCUAUUUUAUGUGUUACCCCCCUGUGUUUAUUUGUGAUACAGUGGCUGAAAUGUGCAAUCACAAAAAUCAACAUUAGGAGUUUUAGAGGUGUUUUUUCACUUCUGUUUAAUGUGUCGCAGUAUUAGUAGAGAGAAAUUUCUCAAUCGCCCAUUUAAAGAAAGCAGCUACUGCAUGAACAGCUAUCGCACAUGCGUAUUUAUGUAUAAUGAUUCAGAGUCACGCUCAUGAGUCCAUGCAUAAUCACCUCUGCAUGAACUCCCACCGGACCUGAGCGUUUCUGCUUAAAGCUCAAAGAAACUACAGUGAAACAUCUUAAGUGGUUUUACACAGAGGCUAAGAAACAGUGGGUCCACUUUACACCCUUAUCACCUUUUUCUAUACCCCACCACACACACACACACACACAUUCACACACACAUGCGCAAUCUCCCUUUUUGAAGCCUCUCUGAAAAACAGAAAAUUAGAUUGCAUCAGUAAAAGUGAACAGUAGCUUCUUUGAGACCAGAAUAAACUCUUUAACUCCUUCUUUUCCUGUCAUGUGAAGUCCAGAGAGUGAUUAUUGGUCUACUUCUGUGGCUGUGCGCAAAAACAAAGUAGAACAGAGCGGCACGUCUCAAACGGGAGCAGGCAUAGUAGGACAGUAAAAAUACAGUUGAGCGCUGGAUCGAUGGCGCCAUGGAUGGAGUAAUGUGUUGGUGUUUGGUAUUUAAAUAAACCAGUGUUUGACUAACUGGGUCAGCUCAGAAAGCAUGAAGAGAGGCUUUCAGUCACAAGUGAGGAGGGUUGUCGGUAUCAGGGAGGCCUCAGAGCACCUUGAGUUAAAGUUUAGAGAACCACAAAGGAAGUAAGUCCUUCAAAAUAUUUAAAUCUGUGAAAAGGUUCUUGCUCUCGUGCAGGAAUGUUUUGCAUUGUUCCUGCUUCUUGCACAACAGGAUUCAUCCCUACCCUGACUGCAGACUGCUAAUUACAUGACAAAACCACUAAUUGCUGACCUCACCAGCUAUUGUUUGUUUGUUUUAAUGCAGUGCAGUUUUUGAAAGCUGCCCGAAGCACAGUGGAUUCUGCAGAAUUUCACCGAGGUGAAAGGCAAGUGGAGCUUUGAGCGAUAGCGUGAAGUGGCACUACCCCUGAAACCGUUUACGCCUUUGAUGUAGUGUUUAAGCCUCCACUCUUUUAAGCCUUUGCCAGGGGGGCUUUUCUUUAAGGUUUGCAGCUAAUCAACACCUGAGAUUUUAAGGAUGAACAAAUAAAUAGGAGCAUGACUCGACACGCAGGCUUCUCUUAAAGGAACAAUGUCUCAAGCCCCAGAAUUGGGGAUUCAUUUCCAUUGUACAGGAAUUUCUCCUGCAACAGGAGGCAGCAGUGGAGGAACUGCAUUUCUUUGGUAAUAAGGACACAGGGAAAAGACAGCUGGACUGAGGUGAAAACACUUUUAUCCACUGUAAAAGUUGAGGGUUGUGUGUUUUAUGCAGCAUUAGCUGAAUGCACCUCAUUGUAAUGCGGUUAAGCAACAAUAUGAGAGUCAGAGGUUUAUAUAUUACCACACAGCCACAUGCUUAAUUUCAUUUCACAAAGUCAUAAUCAAAUCACAGCUUCACAUAUGAGUACUGAUGAGCUCUUAUUAUGUUAUCAUUCUGAUGACAUGAAAUCUAUCUCGCUUCCACGGUACAAGCUUUUAUCUCUUUGCCCUGAGGGUGAGAUGAGUGAUGCACCCCCACAACACGAGCGCGCACACUUAACACGAGCCAUUAGCAUAACAUACAGAGCUCCAGGAGAAGGCUGUAAGACUAGAAGCCUGGUCGGAUUUCAUAAAUCCAUUUUUCCCCUCUUAGCCUCUUGUCUGUACUUGCCUUGUGCAGCAGAGGAAACCAAAUCCUUCCCCGCUGACAUUGUGCCCGAUGACAGUGGAUCACGACCAAUGAGUGGGGAGCAAAGAGGAUAUCGAGCCAUGAUAGCGCAGUGCCUAAAGCUGACUUCAGUUUUAGAUAGUUAGCAAAUUUUACGUCAUUUAAACCAGCACUAGUGCAUCAAGUGUUUUUAUGAUCUACCCCACUUUGUAGAAAGAAUAAGAUGCCGAUAAAAUACUGAGUGGUUCCAGGUGAGACUGAAGUGCUUGUGCGAUGAGAGAGAACGAGACUGCAGAGAACAAGACCGAAAACUUCUGCAACAUAUAGUGCGCUGCACUUAGAGUCUGAACUCUUUGUUGCAUUGGAAAUCCUUUAAGCCCAUUUUAGAUGUGAAAAACAGCUGUGCAGUCAAACCUGACUCAGUUAAUGACUAGCUUUGUUUGUCAGAACUUGCUCAACUGCUUGUUAAUGCAAAUGUCUUAUCAGCCAAUCACAUGGUGGCAGCUGAGUGCAUUUAGGCAUAUAGGCAUGUUCAAGAGGAGCUGCUGAAAUUCAAACUGAGUAUCAGACUGGGGCAGAAAUUUAAAUGCAAAACAGAUGGCUGCAUCUCCCUGAGCAUCCUUUUCAAAGGGAGUUUUUCCUUCCCACUGUCACCAAGUGCGUGCUCCUAUGAGACUCAUCUCAUUCCUGGAGUUUUACCAAUCAUUUUUCUAGCGAUUAGCAUCAACCCUUAGCAACCACAAACCAACUGGUCAGGAAACACUCAUGUUCCAUCAUGAAAGGCGGUUUUGGAGCUAACAUUAGCUGCUCUCUUUAAAUGCCCUCCUUUGCCCUGCUUGUGGCAGGUCUGAGUGAACCACUGCAGCUUAGUGCUCUGGUUUAGCUGUACAAACUGAACACUUGAUAUGUAAGUAACAUUUGUUCAGGCCUGUUUAGAUAGAUUUUUAUCAUUUGCCUCAUGUAAGACAAUAAUACAUAUUUUUUAGGUCCAGUCUUUUCGGAUGUUCUGAUUUCCUCUAUGGUUGUUGUUGGCGCUCUUAUGUUAUGGCUUUGGCAUUUACUAUUUUGUUAUGCUAGUUAAAGUCACCACUACCGUGGAAGUUGAGAAUGAUUUUGACUUAAAGCACUUUUUUCAAAAUGUUUACACACAAUAUUAUCAUUUUAUCACGGCACCAUAAUCGCGUAGUGCAAAAUCUGAUAUCUGGGCUAAAGCUUGUCUUGCCAGAGCUUGUUUAAGGCAGUAUUUCUGGAGAAAUUACACAAGGAAUCUCAGUAUUUGGUAUGAUUGUUGCUUAUAUCGUCUGGCACUAAAAUUAUAUUUGUUUUUGCUUCCCUUUUACUCUUCUUUAUAGCAUCAGAAUCUGUGGCACUGGGGUCUAGCAGACAAUACUGUCUUAAUAAUGAAAACCCUCAUACCUGUGACUCACGUCACUGUUAAAGUGUGUAAGCUGCAAUUGAAAUUCACACCAUGAUUAUAUCAGACUUAGAUGAAGAGCUUUCCCCGCAGCAAAAACAGAGAGUUCAGUCGGGCAGCACGGUGGUCAGACCAGGCAGUAAUUUGGCCGAUGUUUGUUGCUGUCUGUCAGCUUGAGCUGAACUUUUAUAGGACAUAAAGAGACACUCACCCCUCCCAUGACUGCCGAUCACAAACUGGUUUGUCGGGGAUGCUAUCAAUGGAAAUGCAUAUCUGUUAUCAGAGUGAGUACGACAGGGGGAGCGGGCUGAGCUCGAGACUGAUGUGAACUAACUCGCCCCGCCGUCAGACACACACAUGCACUGAGCCAUUCCUGUUUGAAAACUGCCUUGAAAAUUCACACACUGGCAGUCCACCCACACACAAAACCUCCAGUGUGUGGCCACAGAUGUCGUCUCUGUCCACGGGGACGCAACACGCUAACAGACUAACGUGACAGUCCUGCAGUUCAUGCGUCAGCGGCCGCUCUGUGUUGGGGAAAGCUCUGACCUGAGGGGACCUAGUGUAGCUGGCAUAUUACUGCUCCGCUCUACAUCUCCCCUCUUCCUGCUUCUGACAGUUGGCUUCACUGACCUACUUUAGCCAGAAGCCUACAACUAUUAUUACUAUUAUUAUUUUCUGCAGCUCUCACUGAAUGAGAGGCGAGAGAAAAAUUAAAAGAGCAACAAAAACAAAGGGGACGUUUGAUGGUGCAACAUUCAGUAAGCCAGAUGAUGGAAGAGCAGAAAUCUUUCUCUCUCUGCAGACAUAUCUCAGCCCUUUUGUUGCUCACUGAUAUUUGCACGUGGUUUAUAUGAAAGGCGGCAGUUUCACCUUUCGGUUUACAGUUCUCAUGCGGUUACCAUGGCAGUGUGUGCUGUGGUCAGCACUGGGCGUGCGAGAUUUACACUUAGUGGUUUGGAACUACUCUCACAGUGAGGUAACUCUGUUUAGAGCAUGGAGCGUAGCAGGCCACCCAUGGCUCUUCACAGAGCAGAUUAGCGCCUGUUAUUUGGCACUGAGUCAGAGUGCAUGUAAUUUAAAUGGACAAGCCACCAGUGAGGGUUAAGCACAAGCAUAAAUCCUGAGAAAGUUACCUGGAUCUUGCAGAGUUCUCUUUCCAGGUAUGCCACCCAUCAGGAAGAAGUAGUACAAGCUCACAUCCACACCUAAGGCCCAUUUAGACUCACUAGCUGACCUAACAUGAACAUCGGCUGGACUGUGGAGGUGGGGGGGGGAUCAGGAGCACCUGCAGAAAACCCACGCAGCUGCAGGAAGCACCUGCAAUCAUCCAAAAAGGCUCCAGAGGCCAAGGAGGUUUGAAACUAGAAACUUCUUGCUGUUAGGCGACAAUGUUAACCGAAGUGGUAUCAUUCCACGGCAACAUUUCACUAUAAAUAACAAAUUCCAAACUAAAACAGUUCAAACUGUAUUUUAAUGAAAUGAAUUCACCACUUACAGACGUGUUUUAAAACCAGUCAGUCACAUUUCUUAACCAUUUCUAAAGAUGGUUAUGUGGUAGUGUCUGCUAAAACCAGUAAGAAGCCUCGCUGCUGAAUUCCUUUUCAUUUGUGGAGCUUUUUAAAUCUAUACAGAGUCAGAAACAUGCUCUAUAACACACAUCCACGCCUUGUCAGGUUACUCUGACUGUGAGUUGGAUGAUAUUGUUGACACACACAUGCAUGGGAUGCCUCCAAGCCCCAAGGGGGCCAGGAGUCUACCUGCAACAGCCAAGCUGUCAUUACAGACCAAAGCAGACAGGAGCCAUGGAGCCAUGCCUGUACACGGCCUGUAAUUGAUUCACCUCUGUACAGUACGUCUGACUCAGAGAGACGUACUGAAUAAUAGGCAGCUUUGUACAAACUUAUAGCAGCUUUAAAUAAACUUUAUUCACAGUAGUGAUAAUACUUGUCAAAAAUAAAGAACAAGAUUGUGUUUUAAAUAGAUUUUAUGAUAUAUUUAUGUGUGUGUAGAAGACAUUGAAAAUGAGGUAUGGGUCCCUCUGAUGGGAUGCAACCAGUUGCCAAGCCACCCUUGGCCGAGCAUAUUCCCAGCAUGUCGUACAGUAGAACAGAUCCAGAAAGACGUGCACUACUCUGGCAGCGCAGAGCUGUGCACAAGAACUGCACAGGAACAGGUUGCAGCACCUCGUUUUGGUGCCUUUGUCCACUUGGAUUUCCACCGAGAUUCAGACCAGAGAUAAUUCUCUCAUUCACAUGCAUGCCAGCAUCCAGUGUGUCAAUACCCUAAUGAUAGUCUAUACACAGAGGGGGUUUUUUGUGCAGUAAACUGAACCAAUUCUGAGGUUUAUGAGUGUUGCUGAUUGUUCCAAUCAACCGGAACUGAAAACUAGCCACAGAACAUGUUUGAUGUACUGAGAAAUGGAUUUGAAACAAAGACUGAAACAUAUUUCACAACACAAAGCUUGAGUUUCCCUUUUAUAUAACUUGCAAAGAGCAGAAGCUUCAUUAAUGUUGUGAGUUACACUCGUGGUUACCUAUUAAAUCUGUGCAUUGUUUGGGCAGCAGUAAAAGCAGCUGCAUAUUUAGAGCACAUAAAUAAAUAGCAAAUAAUAAAGCGUGGUUUUAAUGAAAGUAGAGCUGCUGAUGUCGUAAUGGGUGUUGGAUUCAGAGGAGAAAAAUUCAACAAUGAUUCGACCUAAACGAGGCAAGUAAUCUGAGCAUAGGCGGCACUCAGCCUUUCAGUCACACACACAUCAUCAUCAGCUGUGCCUGUACAUCCUUUAGCCUUGACCUCCUGGCUCUUCAGUCAUGUGGUCUUUUGAAAUCAUCGUGGCUUUGGCAGUCAAAUGCCGUUAAGCAGAGAUGAGGGAAUAUGGGAAAAGGAUCAAGAAAAGAGUAAAAUGUAUAAUAAAAAAGUUUGAAUGAAGUAGAAUCUGAGCUACAGAGAGAGACAAGAGUUUCAAUGCUGCGCUACAGGCCGAGCAGGAGACUGAAGGUGGUGAACAGCAGCAGCGGCGGAGGUUGGUAUGGAAGGAAAGGAGCUGUGCUGCUGGGAGGAGUGUCGUCACGAGUCCCGGAGAUCAUGGCGACCGGAACCCACUCCCCCGGCGGGCCAAAUGGCAUAAUCCGGAGCCAGUCGUUUGCGGGUUUCAGCACACUACAGGAACGGCGCUCACGAUGUAACUCAUUCAUGGGGAACUCUGCAGUGCAGAAGAAGCCUCAGUCCAAGCCUAAGAAGCCCCACCUGUCAGGCCACAAGGGAGGCAGCAGCUCCAGAGAGCCGCAGCCCAAGAGACUGGAGGAGGUUUACACAGCACUCAAACAAGGCCUGGAUGAAUAUCUGGAGGUUCAUCAGACGGAGCUGGACAAACUCACAGGUCUGAUGAAGGACAUGAAGAGAAACUCCCGCUUGGGAGUGCUGUAUGAUCUUGACAAGCAAAUCAAAACUAUCGAGAGGUACAUGAGACGUCUGGAGUUUCAUAUUAGCAAGGUGGAUGAGCUAUACGAGGCCUUCUGCAUCCAGAGCCGUCUCAGAGAGGGUGCCAUCCGGAUGAAGCAGGCCUUUUCGUCCUCGCCCUCCACCAAAGGCACCAAAGAGAGUAUCGCGGAGGUUAAUCGUCGGUACAAGGAAUACACCGAGAACAUGAGCGCAUUUGAGAGCGAACUGGAGAACCUGCUCGGGGAGUUUCAUAUCAAAAUGAAAGGUUUGGCAGGAUUUGCUCGACUCUGUCCUGGAGACCAAUAUGAGAUCUUCAUGCGUUACGGUCGCCAGCGGUGGAAGCUGAAGGGGAGGAUUGAAGUAAACUCCAGGCAAAGCUGGGAUGGAGACGAGAUGGUCUUCAUGCCCCUCAUUACUGACCUUAUUAACAUCAAGGUGACGGAGCUGAAGGGUUUGGCCACACACAUGCUGGUGGGCAGCGUCAUCUGUGAGACCAAGGAGCUAUUCACUGCCGUGCCUCAGGUGGUGGCUGUGGACGUCAACGACCUCGGGACCAUCAAACUCAACCUGGAAGUCACAUGGUACCCCUUCGACGUGGAGGACCUGACUCUGUCGUCUGGCAAUGUGAGCAAAGCUGCAGCUCUCCAGAGACGAGUGUCCGUCUACAGCCAGGGCACACCGGAGACCCCCACCUUCCAGGACACCUCCUUUUUUAAGUGGCAGCCCUACCCCGUGGAGCGCCAGCGCUUCUCCUUCCUGCACAUGCUCCGAGACACCCUGCUAGAGAAGCUAAGGCGCAGUCGUUCGUUUGGUGACCUGGCCUCACUGCGGCCAAGGCCCAAAUCCAGUCUGGAGGUUUAUUCCACACUGCCCGACGAUGUCUUCGAGAACGGCGGCUGCGGUGUGGCUGAGUGCAAGCGUCUGUCCUUCACCUUCUCUGAUACGUCUGGUUCUACGCCCAGCCCCAGCCCUGCCCUGAGCUCCUACUCCCCGGGCCAGUCCAACCCUGAGAUUACUGUAACUCCUCCAGAAACAGAACCAUUACCUACGCAAAUCUUCCCAACUAGGGAGGACUCCAUCGCAGAGGAGCAUUUAGUGGAGGAAGAGGAGGAGGAAGAGUAUGAGGAGGAUGGGGAGACGGGCAGUAGAGGAAGCAGGGGCAGCAGGAACAGUGCCAGCAUUGCCAGCGAUGAAGCCGAAGCGGCCGAAGACUCUGAGUGGGAGCGCACAGAGUCUCAGCGUAAUUCUAGCUCCAACUGUGGUUCAGCUGCCCCGUCCUUGUGUUCAGAUGGACAGCUGUCCGCAGUGGCUCCCGAGGAUGUCUUCCUGGAUCACGCCGAUGAGCUGAAACCUGUGGAACUGGACACAGAGGAGGCGGGCAGCCUGACAAAGCAGCUCGUGAAGAGGCUGACUUCCUCAGAAAUGAUGCCGCCCAGUGGGAGCGCUGCUGAGGGUGAGGGAAGUCUGAGCUGGGCGGGAGAGGGAAGCAGGGCUUUCCUGGAGAGCAGCCUGGAGGAGGCCAUCCACAGCCUGCUUACCAGAUUAGAGUCGCUGACUCAUCGCUGCAGAGAGCUGCAGGACCUGGAGCAGGAAGUGAUGCGUCUGGAAGACCUACUGAAGUGCCGUCUCCCGGGUCACAGGAGUCGAUCCUCUAGCCUCAGUCUGACUGUGGAGAGUGCCCUGGAGAGCUUUGACUUCCUCAACACCUCUGACUUUGACGAUGAUGAUACCGGAGACGAUAACGCCGUCAUCAGCAUUCCCCCACAGAGGUCUCCGAUCUUUGAUGCAGAUGGAGAGAGGAUCGGGGCUCAGCAUCCAGAAGCCAGAGGACACCUGAGCGAAGCCCUGACAGAGGACACCGGGGUGGGCAACAGUGUGGCAGGAAGCCCCCUCCCACUUACCACUGGAAAUGAGAAUCUGGACGUGGCUAUUGUCAUCCACCUUCAGUACUGCAUUCACCUCAUACAGAUGUUGACCAGUGGGGUCAGUGUCUGGCAGCGUCGCAGUGUCCUCCUCAAAUUGUCAGGACAGACCCAGCUGCUAGAGGAGUUAGCAGAGAUCAGCGUGGACAAACUGGGAGCAAUAACAUCUGCUGCUGAUGUCCUCCCGGGCCUCGUGGAGCGCCCCCAGCUGAUGACUCUGUGGUCAGAGUGCAGCGGCUCUGAGGGACUUUUCCACACCACGCUGGACAGAGUGUUCAAACACAUGAAUCAGCGCUACACGGCGGUGCUGCAGGAGAACCGCCCACACGGCGCCGAUACAGCGAUUAGCAUGGUAGUGGGUGAGAUGGUGGACAGGAGCGACCUGUUGGCGGCACAGAGUCCUCCCGCUGCUGCGCUCUCUCAGGACGUCCUGACUGUGUUUCAGUUCUACAGCUACAUCUUACAACAUGAAGUCCAGGACAUGGAGACGCACCUGCUGCACCUGGCCAGAGAGGAGGUGUUUGCGGAGGUCCUGUGCAGCGGAGACUAUCCUCGCUGUCUCGCAGAACUGGAGGAGGUGCCUUUGUCAUCUCUCUGGCCUGGAAGCAGAACCCUAAGGGCCCUGGCAUCCCUCCUCACUGCAGAGGACCCUCAGGUCAACAAGGCAGCCGCCGACUACCUCUCUUCUGGAGCGUCAAACAAGCACUUCAGGACCAGGGCAGUGGAGUGCUACACCCAGGCACUGUCGGAGGCUGGAGUACAGAGUCAGAGGGCAGCCUGCUCAGCUCUCAGCUGUCUGGAGGCAGUCGAGAGCAUCAGAGCAGUGGUAGCGCUGUGCGAUUCAGCCGACGAAGAGCUGCGUCACGUGGCCAUAGAAACCCUGCUCACGUUCGGUGAGGAGGGGCGCCUGGCGUACGAGCAGCUGGACACUGUGCCGGGGGAGAUGAUCCGUCUGGGCACACGGCGAGGAAACACCGUCACCACUGCCUUCUGAGCCAUCACUGAAAAGAUAAAAGGACUGCACCCGGACCUCUGAGGACAGCACUCGCCUCCUUAGCUCAACCCACACAGCACACCUCACAGGGCCGUUAACGACUAAUCUGUUCAUCGAUCUGCUUUCUAGCAACAACAAACGUUUUCACUUAAACUGCAGUUAAUCACUGUUACUCACUGCCUCCUGAAAGGAAGUAACACCAAACAAGUUGUCUUAACCACAAGGACACACAACCUAGACCCCUCCUGACGCACGCUUACACUCCUCCUCCUCACCCUGCUGUCUGAGCCAGGCACACACCGGUCACGUUAAGUUGAAUUGAAAAGCACAAAUUUUGACUGGACACAAAGCGGCUGAGAGCUGCUCCAAAGACUGGAAAUCAAGCACCGGGUCUUCACCCUCCUGUCAAAAAGGCUUCCGAGAACACCCGUCUCACGCACUCUCUGAAUAAUCUCAAGUUUUACAGAUUUAUUGUACCACGCAAUAUACUAUGAUCUUUGUAUAAUCACUGUUAACAUGCGUUCACCUAGAUUAGAAGUGCUUUCUGACGCGUUCGGAAGACCUGCACUGUUGUAAGGCGUGUAAAUACGGCUUAGUUUACACGUGAUACAUGUGGUUGUGUUCAAGACGUAAUUUUCAGGGAUCCUCGUGUGGUUGAAAGACCUGUAUUUUUUUGCAGGGAGGAACAUUAAUAAGAUGAGGUCACAGCGGUCCAGGGGAGACGGGGGUUUAGCACAGUGCCCAGUGUUCACUCACGCAGCAGUUUGCGUCUGAGAUUUCUCUUACUUGCAGUUUAACAAGUGCAAUUUUUUCUGUACAUAUGUGAUUUUUUUUUUUCCUUUUUUUUGCACCUGGCUGACACGUGAAGCCCAUUUGAUAUCGUCAGCUUUUGACCUUUUGAGCCUCGUUGUGGCUGAGCUGGCACAUUACACAAAUACUCUUUGUAAAUGUAUGUUUUGUUUGUUUUUCCUACAAGGUCAGGAGCCAGUCGAGGGCAAUAAACUAGGCAGAGGACCUCAUGAGAAUGCACUUUCUUGGCAGUUGUGCAGAGAGGAUCAGUUGAGGCAGCACGCGAGCUGAUAGCAGGAUAAGACAUUAAGCUUUUGGCCUUUUCUGCCACACUUUGGGUCUGCUCCAUGCGAACGGUUUAAUGGGAACACUGACCCAGGGGAGGCAUCCAUCUCCAGCUUUUCUCAUUGUAACUGUACUACUGAGUCUGGUGCUGCUGCACAGUGACAAAACUUAGAAGCUCACACGUCAUAUAUUUAUUAUUUACUCCUUGUUAUUCUAAUAUUCUGUCAUGUUAUUUUGUAUUAGAGCAGACCACAUUGUUAUGUAAAUGAUUGUAUAUUUAUGCUCUACUUUCAGGUCUGGUAUUUGAAUUAAUGUCUUUUGUUUAAAAAGGCCUCUGUGUUUUUACCAUACGACUCGUGUUUGAUUAUAAUUGGAGUUUAUUUUCAAUUUAAUUAUAUUAGAUUGUUAUUUUGGAGAAUAUUAAGAUUUGCUAAUAGUAAUUAUAGAUUUCGUUUUCCCUAAAAGGUCCCCAAACUAACGGGGCAUUUAUAUGAUAGAGAUGUUACUUUAUUAAGUAGAUUUACUAUAACCAAAGGAAAAAUCUUGGGAUUUUAAAACGGUCUUUUAAUAAGAGCUCAUCCAGGAGAAUGUAUUUUCAAUACAGCGUGUACAUUUGGACCAGAACCCUCAGACUUAUCUUUGGAAGCACAAAAAGGAAAAAGGCAAACCUGUAAUAUGAGGAUCUCGUUACAUCUGGUUGUAACUGCACAAUCCAAAAGCCAUAUUAAAAAGCAAGCGGUUAGUAUUUUUAUGAAAGGUAUUCUUUUUGUAAUAUAAUAUGUGAAGUUGAUACUAAAAGUUUUCUUUUUUACUUUCAUGCAGCCUUUUGCAAAACGUGGUCCAAAUUUAAAUUCCUUUUCGAGAUGUGAACAGCAUUACAGUAUUUUGGUCCAGUAACUCACUCGGUGUCUAAUUUUCUCUCUUCACAAACUCGCUGUUGACCUGUUUAACAAGUUAAUUGGUGGACUGUUCAGUUCCUUAGCACCGUAUAUAAUACAAGGUGGCGAAAUGUGCACGUUUAAUUUAGGUUUUAAUAAUAACUGCUGAAACUGAACUUCAUCCAUCUUCUUGGUCAAUAGCUUCAGUACUGAUUCAUGUGGUUGCACACUGCUCUUCUCCGUCGUGGUUCCUCUGCUCAUUAAGAAGUUGCAAUAAAGUUUAUUUUUGCAUAAUUAAA